ACCGGGCGUGCGGUUGCUAGUAGAGACGCGUGAACGGUUCAGUGUACAGCCUUAACGGCAGAGCGGCACGGGCUCUCCCCCGCCAUUUCCUCGUGUCGAGCCCUGGAAUGUCGAGUAGCGGCUCGGGCUCUUCCUCGCGGAAGGAGUUCGAUGUGAAGCAGAUCCUCAGGAUCCGAUGGAGGUGGUUCGGUCACCCCGCGGUCCCUCCGCCUCACUCCCCGCCGCUAGGAGAUUACUUCGCCGGGAGGAGAGCGGGCGGCAGCUCCGGAGAAGGACCAUCAGUUAGCGGCUGUGGCAACUCGAAUUCAGGCGGCGUAAACCCCAGCGCGGGGGGUCACAGCGGUCUGGUUGCCAGCGGCAGCGCUGGGUCUAACCUGUGUAGCGACAGCGGCAGCAACAGAAAGUUUGCUGAACCGGCGGGGAGUCGGGGCGGUCCGGGAGGAGCGGCAGUUGGAGCAACGGGGAGCUCCUGUCCCCGCUCUUUCAGCCAGCCAGAGUGCCGGAGCUCCGCCGCGGCGCUGUCGUGGGUCUCCCCGCCGCCUCAUCGUCGCUCUCGUCCGGUGACGAGCAUGGAACCGCCCGGAGAGGCACCGGUGCCCCAGCUGGUACCCGAGCCCUCUGCUCAAGUCGGGGAAGAGGAGGAGGAGGAGGCGGCGGCGGCGGCGGCGGCGGGGACCGAGUUAAACAACCACCCGGAAACCGACUCCAGCUCUUGCAGGACGUCUAACAGCAGUGCGACUCUAUCCUCAUGCAUGUCGAUGGAGCAGUGUGCCUGUCCAGAGGAGUGUAUGUUCACCGCUCUGUCCCACGCCGACAUGACCUUCCGCAAGAUGGAGGGCUACCUGAGGAGCCGACAGCUGUGUGAUGUCAUACUGGUGGCUGGAGACAGACGGAUACCUGCGCACAGACUGGUCCUCUCAUCCGUAUCGGAUUACUUUGCAGCCAUGUUCACGAGUGAUGUGCGGGAGGCCAAGCAGGACGAGGUGAAGAUGGAAGGAGUAGACCCUGAUGCAUUGUGGGUCUUGGUGCAGUAUGCAUACACAGGACGUCUUGAGUUGAGGGAGGACACCAUUGAGUCUCUGCUGUCAGCCUCUUGCCUGCUGCAGUUGUCGUCCGUGGUUCAGGCCUGCUGUUCUUUCCUCAUGAAGCAGCUCCACCCCUCCAACUGUCUGGGCAUCCGUUCCUACGCUGACGCUCAGGGUUGCCAUGACCUGCAGAGUGCUGCUCACACCUACACUAUGGAUCACUUUUUAGAGGUGGUGGGAGGCCAGGAGUUCCUGCUGCUCCCAGUGGAGGAGAUGGAGAGGCUGCUCACUUCUGAUGACAUCAACGUGCCAGACGAGGAAACCGUGGUAGCCUCUUUGCUAACGUGGGUCCGUCAUGACGCCACUCGGCAACGCCACCUGCCCUUGCUGCUGGCUCACAUCCGACUGCCACUGCUGCAGCCACAGUACUUGGCAGACCUAGAGUCCAACCCUCUUCUCCGGGAAAGUGUAGAAUGCCAGCGGUUACUGAUGGAGGGGAUGAAGUAUCACCUCUUGCCCCAGCGCCGGCCCCUGCUUCAGAGCCCUCGCACCCGUCCUCGCAAGGCAACCGUAGGGGCCAUGUUCGCUGUGGGUGGCAUGGACGCCACGAAAGGUGCUACCAGUAUUGAGCAGUACUGUCUGCGUAGGGACACAUGGAGGCAGGUAGCCACCAUGAGUGGACGGAGACUACAGUUUGGUGUAGCUGUCCUUGACGGCCGUCUCUAUGUGGUGGGGGGCCGAGAUGGACUCAAGACCCUCAACACUGUGGAAUGUUACAACCCGCACAGCAAAACCUGGAGUGUCAUGCCUCCCAUGUCCACACACAGGCAUGGCUUAGGUGUAGCUGUCCUAGAGGGGCCCAUGUACGCAGUAGGAGGACAUGACGGCUGGAGCUACCUCAGCACAGUGGAAAGAUGGGACCCCCAAGCUCGACAGUGGAGCUUUGUUGCAAGUAUGGCUACACCCAGAAGCACUGUGGGAGUAGCGGUACUCAAUGGAAAGUUGUAUGCAGUAGGAGGUCGUGAUGGCUCAUCCUGCCUGCGUUCAGUGGAGUGUUUCGACCCUCACACAAACAGGUGGAGUGGUUGUGCUCCUAUGGCUAAAAGACGUGGAGGUGUGGGUGUGGCCACAUGGCAUGGCUUCUUGUAUGCCAUUGGAGGUCAUGAUGCCCCAGCCUCCUCCCUGGCAUCUCGGUUAAGUGAUUGUGUGGAGAGGUAUGACCCUCAGACAGACAUGUGGACUGCAGUAGCCCCCAUGAGCAUCAGCAGAGAUGCCGUUGGUGUCUGUCUCCUUGGCGACCGUCUCUAUGCUGUGGGCGGUUAUGAUGGUCAGGUGUAUCUCAGUACUGUAGAAGCCUACGACCCUCAGACAAAUGAGUGGACACAGGUUGCACCUCUGUGUUUGGGCAGGGCAGGAGCAUGCGUGGUGGCCGUUAGACUGUGAAAACAUAAAUACAAACAGCUGAUGUUUGGUGGACUGCACUUGAAGUGGCGCAGAGACCCUCCUCUUCGCCACCACUGCCACAGUCACUUAUACCAGGAGAUCCAUCUGCCUACACCAGGAAGAAAGAGGCUGAUAACCUAACACUCUUCAGGUUUUACACUUAGGCAAACUCAGUCUCUGUAAAGACUGCCAGUCAUUCAUUUUAAGGUUUACGGUUAAGAUUAGGGUUAAGUAAAGUGUCAGGUUUCUCAUAAAGUUUCCAUGUUUGAACAUCCUCAAAACUUCUGCCACAGAAGUGAACUGCCACUGACAUUGACAACGAAGAGGGAUCUGCAGUGCUUACCUGAGCAUGACAGAACAGCUGUCUCACAGCUUUUUUUUUCUUGCCUAUUAUUUUGUUCCUGUAGACAAGGUGGGACACACACUCACACACGCACACACAAACAAACCUACAUGGCUGCUUUCAGCUUCUAUUUCUGCUGACAGAAAGGUGAGAGAGACAGGGAUUGUCAAAGCGGUUGCGAUGCGUCAUCAUUUUACGCUCUCAUUUUUCCUAAUAAUAUCUGAUAGUGUGUAUUGAUGCUAUUUUAAUAUAUUCCCUAUUAUUUUUAGGCUGCAGUUGGCAAGUGCUCACCCCCUCUUUCUUUCCCUCUCUUGCCCACUGACAGAUAAAAGAAAGACUUUUGACGUAAUCAGCACAACCUUGUGAACAGCUAUACUGUAAGGAACUGUGAGCUUUUAUUCUUUUAAGUCAAAAACAUAUCAUGCUUUAGGCAAUAUUUCUAAGUGUAUGUCUUCCAUGUUGCAUCAGCUUACAUCUGAAGCAUACAGUGUACUCUGAUAUGCAAUCCAUUGUAGCUUUUUUACAAGCUACACUGGCAAAAUAUCCAACUUUUUGCCUUUUAUUCAUUUUUUUUAACAGUGUAAUUCUGCCCUUUUUCACGUAAUUGAGGUCCAUUGAGUUCUGUUAUUGGGUUUAUAGUCUUGAGUAAUAAUAAUAAUAACAACAACAACACUGUUGCCCUUUGUUGAUCCCUGUAGGGAAAUUUUGUUUUCAAUUUCCUGCAGAGCACAGGGUGAGCUAUUUACAGACUUGGUUUUAUACAGGGUCAGUUGAGCUUUUCUGUCUCCCAGCUACCUACUUUUCCUCCACUGUAGAUUUUUCUUCUGUGUGUGUGUGUGCGUGUGUGUGUGUGCGUGUGUGUGUGUGUGUGUGUGUGUGUUCGGGUGUUCAGAGAUUGCAAGGAGUAUAUUUUUAUCUCAAAUGAGAAUCUUCCCCCUUCCCCUCUCCACAUCUUCCAUUCCAUGCUGCUUUCUUUUCAUCCCAAUUUUCCCAUUUCAUCACCGCACACAAAGACACACACACAGUCAAGCACACACAAAUACACGCACCAUAACGUUUUAGAGCAGAAUUGGAUAGCCAGACAAAAUGAACAACAGACGAUAUAUUGAGAGCAUGAAUUUAAUAACGUUGAUUCAGCCGGUGCCGACGUUUUGUUUGAUGUCAAGUUCAAAGCGUUAUUAGAUUUGACGCUUCUGCAGACAAAGCAGGAGACAUUAGCAGAAAAUGAAUCCCAUGAAACGAGUUAGUGUUUUCGUAUUUGUGGGCUUGUUUAAGUAAACUUAAAUGACAAGAAAUGUCAAGACACAAAGAUUCUGACUGUAGGUUCAUGCCGUGUAUGUCCCCUGCUUGGUUCAUUCUGCUCCUCUGUGUGUGUGUGUGUGUGUGUGUCUGUGUGUACAUGUCUUUCUAUGGUUGUGUGGACAAAUUCUGGUUUGAAACCAUCGU